CAUAAUGAAACUCCUAGUCACCAUUGCCCUGACGUGCGCACUCUUCUCCAAAGCAUACCCACUGGAUUGUGUCACGUGUGAAGGCCCUGGACCGUGUUCGCAGACAGAAACAUGUCCUGCAAGCCAGACCAAAUGUGUCAGUUUCACAGCAGCAGUCACCCUGGGAGAAAUAUUGACUGAAAAGAAGAAGUCAUGCGCCACACCAGCUCAGUGUCUCAGUGGAUCUCUUAACGGUGGAAUCUUUAUGGCAACUAUCAACACCCAAUGCUGUGAUUCCGACCUGUGCAACAAUCAAGAACCGCCAGCAUUACCAGAAUCCAGCACAAAUGGAAAAAAGUGUUUCACCUGUACAGCUUCUGGUGACUGCACAAGUACUUUGGAGUGCAAGGGAAGUGAAGAUUCCUGCUUUAAGUCUUCAGGUGGGAAGGUGAAGGGAUGUGCAUCCCAAAGUUUCUGUUCUGGAGCCCUGAAUGCUGGACGGGGAGCCAUUGUGGACCUGAACUGCUGUGAGGGAAACAUGUGCAACAAUGCCCUGCGCAUCGGACAGAGCAUCCUCUUCCUCCUCCUGGUGCCUCUGGCCUCCUUCUUCCUCUUCAACUAAGCAGUACUUUGACCUGCACACCCACCCCAACGUUCCUCGACUACUCGAGGAUAGUGCAAAUCAAAUAAAUUCAUACAAUGUUGGUUAAACUUGUUCAAUUUGAUAAAAAAAAAAAUUCUAAUCAAA